AUGUUGGCACAUAUACAUCAGAAUCUUAAGCACAGUGAUGCGCUCUCUGUGCUUGCGACGCACUUUGGAGAAGCGGAUGCAAAGCUGCAGGAGGCCUUGGCACAUUGUGGAGUUCUUGCCGUCAGACUUUGCUCUCAGGCGGAGAUUUGGCUUGAUGUUGACUUGCAGCAUCCUCCCAUCUCUGCGGAAGCAAUAAAGGUUCUGGUCGUGCAAGAGCCGCCUGAUGUUAAGUCUUUGAGCCUAGAGGGCUUUGACCUAGUGCUGACGUGGCAAGACGAACACCUGAAGCAACUGGGUCGACGUGCGGAGCUCUUUGUGCCAGCUACGCCUUGGCUUUUACCAGCCGAGUGGGAUCAAUUUGCGAUCAAAAAACUUGCUCUUGGAUUUCUAAGAGGCAGCAAGUGCCGGACUGCUGGUCAUCAGCUGCGACACAAGAUUUGGGAGGAACAACGACACCUCGAACACUCGAUGCAGGUUCCUCUGAACUUCAUGGAGGGUGGCGGUGUUAGCCGCGAGCAGCGCAACAUGCAAUUCUUCAGCAGCUUCGUGCUGGUGAUUGAGAACUCCAGACACAAAAACUAUUUUUCGGAAAAGCUGCUGGAUGCUCUCCUUGCCCGGUGCAUUCCAGUGUAUUGGGGGUGCACAAAUAUUGGAGAAUUUUUUGACGUCGCUGGAUUUGUGGUUGUUGAAGGUGAGAAUGUGGAGGAAGCGCUACACAAUGUAAGGAACAAAGCUCGCCACGUCGCAGUGACUGCAAGCUUGCAAACCUUGACGAAGAGCAGAAUCAACAGAAAGGACACAAAGCACACAAAGCCACGCACACAAAUCGUCUUUGCUCAAGGUGGUUUUGCAAGCCAAUCGUCUUUCUCCAGGUUUGGCUGA